AUGCCCAAAAUAACACAAACCAAGACCAUCCUCCUUGUGUGCUUCAUGCAGAAUUUUCCAUGCCUUGUUAAGCCUUGUUGUUGUCCAUUGCUGCAAACCGCUUCAACACAUCAACAAACUUCUGCUGUCAACCAACUUCGCUCUGAUUCUCCUUCUGAACAACAAACAAACCUCACCUUAACAAACCUAAACCCUAAACCUUCAUCUCUCUCUGCUCAUCUCAUCUUCUUCUUCGAUCAAAUUGACACAAUCGAAAAGGAACAUUCUCAGAAACAUGAAACACUUAAACGAAUUCAAGCUUGGCUUGAUUCCAAAAACUCUCAAAACGAAAUUACGGAACCCGUUUGGGAACCAAUAACAGCGGCUUUGUCGAAUGAAGAGGCAGAGAUGAAUAGUGAGCCUGUGGAAUUGGUGAAGAAAGAGGUGGAGUUGGUGCAUCUGUGGCUGGAGUGGACUCAAUUGAUGGAUAGAUUGGUGUAUCAGAAUUAUUUUGAUCAUAGGAGGAAGGAUAAAGAUAAAAUGGUGUUAUAG